AUGACUAAACGUGAUAAGGAGAGAGAGGGACUACUGGAGAACAUGACCAGUGAGGUGGAGACCAGUAAAAGACAACUGGAGUCACUGGAAAAGGAACUGCAGGACAGGAACAGUCAACUACAGGACCUGAGAACCCAACUACAAGAACAAAGCAGGGAGCUGGAGGAGAGAAACAGACAGCUGGAGGAGAGAGACAGACAGCUGGAGGAGAGAGACAGACAGCUGGAGGAGAGAUACAGACAGCUGGAGGAGAACAACGAGGAGAAGAUUACACUUUUGACAGAGAGCAGGAAGAGACUGGUGGAGAUAGAACAGACAAAACAACAACUAAAGGAGAAGAAUGAAGAGAUGGAAAAGACAAAACAAAAAACAAAACAACAACUAAAGGAGAGGAAUAAACUCCUCCAGGAGAGAGAGACAGAUCUAGAGAACAUGACUAAAAAAGAGAAGGAGAGAGAGGGACUACUGGAGAACAUGACCAGUGAGGUGGAGACCAGUAAAAGACAACUGGAGUCACUGGAAAAGGAACUGCAGGACAGGAACAGCCAACUACAGGACCUGAGAACCCAACUACAAGAACAAGGCAGGGAGCUGGAGGAGAGAAACAGACAGCUGGAGGAGAGAGACACACAGCUGGAGCAGAGAGACAGACAGCUGUUGGAGAAAGAAAGAGAACAUCUGACUGUGGGAGGAGAGAGUCCUGGUCCAGCGCCCCCAGUGUCUCCUGCUGUGUCUGAGCUGAGGCUGGUGCUGCUGGGGGGGAGCACAGCUGGGAAGAGGGCAGCAGGAAACACCAUCCUGGGCACAGAGGAGUUUGGGAGGCAGGCCAGCACACACACACUCACACACACAUCCACAGAGACCCAGCACAGUGAGAGCAGACAGGGGGAGGUGGCUGGGAGACGGGUGACCGUGGUGGAAACUCCAGACUGGUUCUGCAGUGGACUCUCUGAGAAGGACCUGAGACAGGACGUGGGGCUUUGUGUCCGUCUGUCUGCUCCAGGACCUCACGCCUUCCUCCUGGUGAUUCCAGUGGAGCCGUCUGAAGGAGAGGAGAGGAGGAUGCUGGAGAAAAUGGAGGAUAUGUUUGGGGAGAGCUGUUGGGGACACACACUGAUCCUCUUCACCCAUGCUGAGGGGCUGAGAGAGAGGAGUGUGGAGGAGUUGCUCCAGACAGGGAGCCAGGAGCUCCAGCAGCUGGUAGAGAAAUGUGGGAACAGGUGUCACCUUCUCAACGUUAAGGACAGGCCUGACGACACUAAGAUCACACAGCUGCUAGAGAAGAUAGAAGAGAUGGUGUCUGGAAACAGAGAGAGAUUCUACAGCAGUGAGACCUACCAGGAGGCAGAAAAACAGCUCAGAGAGAUAGAGAGAAGAAUACAGAAAGAACGAGAGGUGGAGGAGAGGAAACUGAGGGAGGAGAGAGAGAAAAGAGAGGAACUUGAUAAACAUAUGCAGGAGUCUCUGAAUAAAAUGGAUGGAGAGAUUAAGCAGAAUGAAGGAGAAAUUAGAAUAUUGAAUGAAAGAACAACAGAACUGGAGAGAAAGAUGAAAGAAGAGAGGGAUGAAGUGAAGAAGAGGGAGAUGGAGAAAGAAGAAACAUCAAACAGACAGAUGGAGGAGAAGAACAGGGAGAUGGAGGGGAAGAACAGAGAGAUGGAGAGAAUGAAGUUGGAUGUUUUACAGCUGCAGGACAGACUGAGAGUGGAGAGGGGGAGGGUAGGGGUCAGAGUUCAAAGGGCAAUAGUAGGAGUUCCUGCCUUCAUCAGUAGAAACUCAUCAGGAUGGCUUGUGCAUUACAUCAUUAGUAAUAUCUAGCGUGCCAGAGAUGUUUGUCAUUAUGGCCUUUCCAGAAACACACAGC